CUUAUAUUUUACCAGCUCGAGCUGCCGUUAGAAAAAAGUGAAAUCGACGCCAUGCGACCCCUCACUGAAGACGAAUCCAAAACCCUCUUCACCAAACUCGCCAACUACAUUGGAAAGAACCUUAUUCACCUCAUCGACCGAAAGGACGAACCAUACUGCUUUAGACUGCAUAAAGACCGAGUCUUUUAUGUUUCGGAAUCAUCUAUGCGUCUGGGAUCGUCAAUUGCACGCCCGAAUCUCUUCAAGCUGCACAUAUCAUCACUGGAUUACAUCGCUCAGUACGCCAAAUACAAGGUGUGGAUAAAACCCAACGGCGAAAUGCCGUUCUUGUACGGAAACCAUGUGGUGAAAGCACAUCUUGGACGAAUAACAGAAGAUACGCCGGAACAUCAGGGAGUGGUCGUGUUCAGCAUGAAUGAUGUACCAUUAGGUUUUGGUGUGACGGCACGGUCAACGGUUGACACCCGUAAAAUGGAUCCAACGUCUAUCAUUGUGUUUCAUCAGGCUGAUGUCGGUGAAUAUCUACGUGAUGAGGACACGCUAUUUUAACCGAGCAUUGUCCUCUUUGGUUUUAUAUCUCCGUCGAAUGCUGUCAUUGUUCCUCAUUUGUACUAUUCUAUCUUUACUUCCGGGUUUGAAGUGUUUUAAGGCUAUGGUGUCCCCGUACAGCUCUCUCAGCGAUUAUUCUUCGUGUUAUAGGAAUAUACUCUGAUUGCUCAUACUACCAAAGUCUGGCUUAACUUUUCAGAAAAAUGGGACAUUAUCUUUGUGUACAGGCAAGCGAGUCAAUUCCAA